AUGCGCUCAUCCAGGCCGGGUAGCAACACGGCCACGCGGCGCCACGCCAGCCAAUCAGCGAGGUCGGAGGCGGGGCUUUCCCUGGCGCGCCCCCUGGGGCGGCGGGCGACUUCCGGCAAUAAUCUACACCACCGGUCCGGGCGCGCGAGGCCUUUGCACUUCAAGUGGGGCCGACAGGUGAAAAGGGCCAGGAGAACAAUGCCAUUUCUGGGUCAGGAUUGGAGAUCUCCUGGAUGGAGCUGGAUUAAAACUGAGGAUGGUUGGAAAAGAUGUGACUCCUGCAGCCCUGAGCUUGGAACCGAGAAUAGACAGUAUACUGUCAAUCAUAACAUUAUAUUAAAUACUGGAGAAGAAAUAUUCAAUAAUGAAGAAUGUGAAUAUGCAUCCAAAAAAAGGAAAACGGACCAUUUUGGAAAUGAUACAAAUGCUCAAAGUUUUUAUCGUGAAAAAUGGAUCUAUGUCCAUAAAGAAAGCACAAAAGAAAGACAUGGCUACUGUACCCUGGGAGAAGCCUUCAACCGGCUGGACUUCUCCAGUGCCAUUCAGGAUAUCCGAAGGUUCACUUAUGUAGUCAAACUACUACAGCUCAUUGCAAAAUCCCAGUUAACGUCAUUAAGUGGUGUGGCACAGAAGAAUUACUUCAACAUUUUGGAUAAAAUCGUUCAAAAGGUUCUUGAUGACCACCAGAAUCCUCGCCUAAUAAAAGACCUUCUCCAAGACCUGAGCUCUACUCUCUGCAUCCUUGUAAGAGGGGUAGGAAAGUCAGUGUUAGUGGGAAACAUCAAUAUUUGGAUUUGCCGCUUAGAAACUGUUCUUAGUUGGCAGCAACAGCUACAGAAUCUUCAGAUGACAAAGGUGAAUACUGGCCUCACACUCAGUGACCUGCCCUUGCACAUGCUAAACAACAUCUUGUACCGCUUCUCAGAUGGGUGGGACAUUGUCACUUUGGGCCAGGUAACACCUACCCUGUACAUGCUCAGUGAGGACAGGAGGCUGUGGAAGAAGCUGUGUCAGUACCACUUUGCUGAGAAGCAGUUUUGUAGACAUUUGAUCCUUUCAGAAAAAGGUCAUAUUGAAUGGAAGUUGAUGUAUUUUACACUUCAGAAAUACUACCCAACUAAAGAACAGUAUGGAGACACUUUGCAUUUCUGUCGGCACUGCAGCAUUCUCUUUUGGAAGGACUACCACCUUGCUUGGUUGUUCAAGGACUCAGGUCACCCCUGCACUGCUGCUGACCCUGACAGCUGCUUCACGCCUGUGUCCCCACAGCACUUCAUCGACCUCUUCAAGUUUUAACAGCCACCCUCAGCCCUGUUGUCUUUGUCUGAACUUGUACUUUGUGUUUGCUGUACAUAGCUGGUAGUAAGUGUUCUCUGUGGCCAACAGCAAUGAUGGAGUCUGUGUAGCAGCAUCUUUGAGGUCUGUGCUUAUAGAAAGAACCAGAAAGAAGAUGGGAAAUGUCCCUCAGUGACUGUGCAGUGAAAAUGCACUAUUGUACGUUUCCAUCUUUCAAGAAUUGAGACACUGCAAACCAUUUGUACUUUCAGGAAAUUUUUUUCUAAGCUUAUUAAAAUUUGCAAUUUUGUAUAUUUAUAGGUAUGGAUCAGAAAAAGAUUUUGGAUAUUCAGUCCCAUGUUCUGUGCUGAACUGACCCAAACAACCAAGAAUAUGCUUCCUAAUUUUCAAGUUAUAAUAUCUCAUCUGAAAGUAAUUGAGGUGGAGAACUAAGUAACUAACCUUGUAAAUACAUUGUGCAGAAUAUUUAUUUUUCCUAUGGUAUAUUUUCACAGCUGCAUUAGCUGUACCCACAUGUGCCCUCUUUGAGUUCAAAACAACUGUAGGGAAAUGGCGGGCACAUUCCAGUCACUUGGCUUGUGGAUGACUGUACACCAGUGGUCCAUAGUCAGCAGUGUCUGGUCUCUGUUCCUUCCAGGUGCCCUGCCAUAGAGCUGGGCUGUGGGGCCCAAACCACAGUAGACCCUCUGCCAAGGAAUUGGAAACCAUCUAGGGAGGUCUAGGCCUGACUUGUGUAGGAAACACAAUAGACCAUGUUUAUCUGUUGA